GUGUGGGAGCCUGUGACGCUGAGGCUCGUCCCCACACUUCCGCCUACAAAGUCACGACUAGGGACCGUGGCGGGAACAGCGGCGCCCAUAGCGCCGGCCGACCCCCGCCCGGCCACUCGGGACGGCGCACGUACGCACGCACGCACACCCUGGCCCCAGUGGCCGCCGUUCGCUGGGUGCAAGGCGCGCCGUCACGUGGGACGAUCGCCGAGCGGCGGCGCGGAAAGCCGCGCGAGAGCCGACCGCUGGGUGCGUGAGCCGGCGCCACCGCGUGCCGUGGGCGGUGCGGGAGCCUGUCCCUCCCGCACGGAGGAGUCGGCCUGCCGCCGCGGCGGCGUCUGGAAUGUGAAAUACUACCUUGGUACCUUGUUCUUCAAAGGCAGAGGUUCUUUACUGAGGCAUCAUAUUAGAAUCACCUUGGGAGCUUUUUAAAAAAGAGUAAUAUGGGGGAGAGGGUACAUCCUGUGUGCCUGGAUUUGUCUUCUCUGUAUACCAGAAUCUUCAUUGUUAAUACUCAGUUCAGGUACAUUCAUUUAAUAGACUUUAUAAGGAUUCUUUAACUUAAUUAUUUCUUAAGAUGACAAAAAGUUUUGUUAAGAAUGACUAAAUUCACACUUCUAAAUGAGAAUUAUAUACAUAACCUUUAAUGAAAAUCUACUGUUCACUUAUCAGCCUCUAUUCCUCCAUUUCUCCUCACUUAUUACUGAUAAUUUUCCUUAUGUGGCUGUAGGAAAGUUCCUGAGAGUCUGGAUCCUUGACCCUUCAAACUGUCAAAGCUGGAGUGUUCACUUCCUACUUCAAAUAAUUUAGUUAAGUCAUAGUCUUAUUCAAAAUAUUAAUUUAAAUGACUGAGUUCUUAUCAGUGGGUUUCUUCUGGAGUCCUGUUUAUUACUCUCAGCAGAAUGUAAGAAACAACUGAGUGAUAGCAGAAUGCUCUGUUUCCCUAAUCUGAAUGCUCUGUAUGUGGAUCAGCAUUCACUCUGUAGGAUCUGCGUUCUCUGGGUUCUGUGACAUUUUAAGUCCUUUUGGCAGGAAAUUGCAAAUUACACAGAAACAUGGAUACGGUGAGACUUCUUGUGCCACUCACUUUUUUUAAUACAUAUAUUUUUUUAGGAAAAAAAAUUAUUUCAGUUAAUGGAUUUAUUAUUGUUAUUUAAAAUGAAUUAAAUAUUUUAAAAAUCUCUCACUUUUAAUUUCUAAUCUAGUAAAUAUAACCCACAUAAACAAGAGCUCUUUGCAAUCCUUAAUAGUUUAAGAGUGUAAGUGAAUCUUGAGACCAAGACCUUUAGAGCUGCUGCUAAGAGUUGAUGUCUGAGUAGUUCCUCUUGGGACAAUUCUCCUGCAGAUAGAAACUAUAUAGGAAAAAAAAAUUAACUACCAACAGGCACUGGAGAGUGAUGUAAAGCAGACAAAAACUGGAGUGAGGUCUACACUUGAAAGAAAGGGAAACACUGGGUAAAUUUCCAUUUUUAUGGCUUUUUGCCUAAGGGUGGGCUCCAGUUGGUGACAUAGGGGGAUGGCCAAAACUGGUAUAAUAAUUUGCAGUCUUGCUUGAAGAAAAGAGUAUAGAGUUCAGACUGACAAAACAGCUGGAUGGUAAGGGGAAAAAUCCUAGAAAGGACAUGGUUGGGGAGAACCCCAAAUAAUGUGUAAAAACUGCUCAAAUCUCUUACCAACCCCUGAACUAUACAUGUGUGGAGAGCAUCCUCCAAGCAGCACAGUUAAGGCUAAAGAAAAAAACUGAAUGGAGAUUUUAGCUGCUGCCCACUGCAACAGGGGCAGAACUUGGAGUUUGAGUGCAAGCAAGUUAAUUAUCUGCUCAGAAAAAAAAAACCAAAAAAACAAAAAUCAACCUCUUUGGAAGAGUAUUUCAGAAUCUAGAGUCUUUACUGCAUUAAUCACAAUGUCUAGAAUAUAAUCUGAAAUUCCUAGAUGUAUGAAAAAACAGGAAACCUUCACCCUAAUCAAGGGAAACUGACCCCAACAUGACCCAGAGAUUGGAUUUAGCAGAGAAAAUUUAAAGCACCUAUUAUAACAUGCUCAAGGACAUAAAGCAAAACAAACUUGUAACAUAUGAACAAGAAGGAAAUCUCAGCAGAGAAAGAGAAACUUUUAAAAAGAAUAAAAUGGAAAUUUUAUAACAAAAUACAGUAUCCAAAAUGGAAAGUUCACUGAAUAGGCUUAACAGAAAUGACAGAAAAAAGACAUCAGAAAAAGAUCAAUUAAUAGAAAUGAUCCCAUCUGAAGAAGAAACAAGUUAUGUGAAGGUCCUCGAUUCCAGAUUUCUUUUUACUUUUUUUCAGGGUCUAAACUCACCUCCUCCCUCUGCAUAUGGACUGACCUCAUAGCUUGUAAUUCAAUGCCCCUAAAAGAGUGUUCUCAAAUUCCCUCUCCCACCUGAUCCCUCUUUUUCCAGAGCUAAUUGUUAAACUUAUGCUUUUGAUUGCAUUCCUUCUGGCUUCUGGAGACUCUGCUCCCCUUCAGCCUAAAAGUUUCCAUUUGAUCUGCAGCUCCCUCCUUGUUCUGUCCUAUCUGUGCCUUCCCUUCAUGGCCUCUGCUUUCUAAAAACCCUUUGCAGUCAGCUUUUUUUGCCCUCGUUGCUUUCCUGAACGGUUGUCAGGUAUCACUAGGAACCUCUCGGUCACCACACUGGGGGGUGUUUGUAAUGGGCCUCAUUUCCAUGUUUCUCUGUAGCAUUUUACACCAUUGUUCCCUCCAGGUUUCUCUCCUUUCCUUCACUUCCCUUGCUCUUCCUCAGUGAUAAUACAUUUUCUCCUCCUUUCACUUCCUGUGCUUUUUCCAUGUUUUCCAAGUAUUUAUUUUAGCUUUUUUUUUCUCCCAUUCUACCUCAUGGUUCCAUCUGCUCUUAGUGACUUCAGCCUUUCCGUUUCAGAGGCCUCCUCUCUCUCUCUCUCUCCAGUCCUGCCCUCUCUAGAUCGCCAUACCUGCAUGUUGUCUCCACUGAUCACUAAACAUUUCUACUCAAAUGUCCUGGGGUAGACACCUCAAAUUCACUGUGUCCAAAAUGGAACUUAACUCUCACCAAGCCAGUUUCUGUGCCUCUUCUUUGGUGUUUUGGAACCCUGCCUUUAUAUCAACACCUAGCCCUUAGCAGUUAUUCUGCAGAUAUGAACUGAAGGAAUGAAUGAAUUUUUCUAGGUAUGCAAGACAGAAUUCUGAGACUCACCUUUGACUUGAUCUUCUCUGUGACUGACCACAUCCAAUCUACUGCUAAGUCACAGCCACAAUGGACACUGCUGGUCAUAGCCUUGUCCUUCUGCAGCAACUGAACAUGCAGCGAGAAUUUGGUUUUCUUUGUGAUUGCACGGUUGCUAUUGGAGAUGUUUACUUCAAAGCCCACAGAGCAGUGCUCGCUGCUUUUUCCAACUAUUUCAAGAUGAUAUUUAUUCACCAGACAAGUGAAUGCAUAAAAAUACAACCAACUGACAUCCAACCUGACAUAUUCAGCUAUUUGUUGCAUAUUAUGUACACUGGGAAGGGGCCAAAACAAAUAGUGGAUCACAGUCGUUUGGAGGAAGGGAUUCGAUUUCUUCAUGCUGACUACCUUUCUCAUAUUGCAACUGAAAUGAAUCAAGUGUUCUCACCAGAGACUGUGCAGUCUUCAAAUUUGUAUGGUAUUCAGAUCUCAACGACCCAAAAAACAGUUGUCAAACAAGGGCUGGAGGUCAAAGAAGCUCCUUGCAGUAACAGUGGAAACAGAGCUGCUGUCCAGGGUGACCACCCCCAGUUGCAGCUCUCUCUUGCUAUUGGGCUGGAUGAUGGCACUGCAGACCAGCAGAGGGCCUAUCCUGCCGCCCAGGGCUUGGAGGAGCACCAGAAGCCCCCAGCGUCCAUCAAGCAGGAGAGAUGUGACCCAGAAUCUUUGAUCUCUCAGAGCCACCCCACACCCUCUUCAGAGGUGAUGGGGCCCCCUUUCACUGAAAGCAGUAUCAAAAUACACCUGUGUCAUUACUGUGGGGAACGUUUUGAUUCCCGUAGUAACCUAAGACAACAUCUCCAUACUCACGUGUCUGGAUCCCUGCCAUUUGGUGUCCCAGCCUCCAUUCUGGAAAGUAAUAAUCUUGGUGAAGUACACCCCCUCAGUGAAAAUAGCGAGGCUCUAGAAUGCCCCAGGCUCAGCUCCUUCAUUGUCAAGGAGAACGAACAGCAGCCGGAUCACUCAAACCGGGGCACCACAGAGCCUUUGCAGAUCAGUCAGGUGUCUUUGAUCUCCAAAGACACAGAGCCAGUAGAAUUAAACUGUAAUUUUUCCUUUUCAAGGAAAAGAAAAAUCAGCUGUACCAUCUGUGGUCAUAAAUUUCUCCGAAAGAGCCAAUUGCUGGAACACAUGUAUACACACAAAGGUAAAUCUUACAGAUACAGCCGAUACCAAAGAUUUGGUAAUGCAUUGGCCCAGAGAUUUCAGCCAUAUUGUGAUAGCUGGUCUGAUGUUCCCCUGAAAAGUUCUCAUUUGCCACAAGAACAUUUAGACUCUUCUUGUGCCUUAGAGUCAGAGCUCACACAAGAAAAUGUGGACACUAUCCUAGUUGAGUAGCACCUACUCCUUCAGAAUCUUUUUUAGCAGAAUAAUCUAAAAUUAGGCAUAAUUUCACUUUUUUUAAAAAAAAGUUUUAAUGGUAACAUAUACAACAUAAAAUUUCUCAUUUUAACCACUUCAGAAUUUUUAUACUAAUUCUGAAAAAGAAAAUUCAUGUGGCAUUUUUUUAAAUUCAUAAAUUAUUUUCCUCCUCAAGUUGUAUUGACUUUUUUUCCUUUACCAUUAUCCAUAGUUUUAAGGUUGUAUGUAUUAGGUGUUCUUAUUAUAAGAUAUAUUAAUACCACGGUUAUUAAAAUGUAACCUUCAGUUAGGGCUUUGACCUUUUCAUAAAUUAAAACACUUUAGAAAUCAGAAAUCAGUGUAGAAAGAUGGAAACUUUAGAGUGAAUUGUUAUUUAUAAACUUUCUAAGUUUUUCCAGGUUAUAAUAUCAGUAAAAUCAAAUUGACUAUGAACUAAAUGAAAUCUGUUUUAAAGAACAUUCCAGACUAUCACUUUUGGUUAAUAUUUCACAUGAAUUAAGCCCCUGUGAUAUUCAAAAUAUCUUCUUCUAUGUAGGAAAUUAAUAGUUAUUUUAACAUAUAAUUAUAUGUUGUAAUGCAUAAUGAAUUUGUUUUGAGGCAUAGCUAUACCUAGUCAUGAGUAGUUUUAAAGUUAUUUACUUUAAUUAAUAGCAGUACAACAUCUCAUAUGACUCUUAUUUAUUUUUUAACAUUGAGAUACCUCAUUUUUAAUGAAAAAUACUUUAAUUGAAAGGGAGAAGAGUCAGAGAGAUAUAAAAAUCUUAAAGAGAGAAACAGUAAGAUAAGUAUACAUAGAUAAGCAUGCAGAGAGAGAGAUUCAGGUAGAGCUGCACUGACUAACUACCUUCUUGUUACCUUAAUCUAGAAUGUUUUCUUAUUGACCAUAAAAGCAAUUUGAGAUUUUUAUGCCCAGAGGUUUAGUGAAUUUAAAAAGGAAGAUGAUAAAAUACAAACCAUCUUUCUACACUUAGUGUAAGAGGAUUUUCUAGACACCCUGGGUUAAUGCUAAUUUGCUAAAAAUCACUUGAAAACGUAAUUUUUCAGUGGCACAGUUUUCACUUUUUUCUGGUCCAUAAAACCAGCAGAAUGGAUACAUUCAGUAUUCUAGAACUAUGUUUGAAAUCCUUGAUGAUAGCUUUCCCUCUGUGAAUAAACUUAACUCCCUUUUUAUAAUGGUAAAACUUAUGAAACUAAAAGAGAAAAAUUAAGGUUGAUGGAAUAAACAAUAGACUCUCCUGUUCUAUGCAUCUGGGAGGUAGUUGGUCUGACUCUACCACAAAGGAUGGAUCUAAAUUUUUUCUGAAAUUUUAAAGUUUCAAAUACCAGAUAGGAAUAACAAGAGAGGUUCAAAACAGCCUCAUCAUUUUGUAUACUGCCCUUCUGUUAAAUUCUAUGCUUCACCUUUUAAUAAAUCUAAUAAAUAUGGUUUGUGAGGCUUAAAAUUUAACUGCAUACAAAAACUCACUCCUGACUGAACAUUUCUGAGGACAUUCCCUGACACCUCAGUAGCAUCAGUGUUCAUUCAGGAGUGAGCUGAGAGAGUAAUUCAGCUAAUUCUCAGGACACAAAGGUUUUCUCUAGGUAAACAGUGAGUUUAAGUGAAUUACAGAGAAGCUUUUCUUGAGGUCUGAAUGAAGAAAACCUUUUGGUGGCAGGUUAGCAGUUACGUUUCUGCCUUAGACAAGAGAGCAAAAGCCUCCUGCAGUCAAGAUUGAUGGGAGUUGAGAGCAAAAUCGAACUAGCUAUUGAUACAGGAUCAGUUGUGUUAGGAGUGGGUCAGAAAUUCAUCUAAUCUUAAACUUUUUUCUACCAAAUUGCUUAAAAACAAUUAUUCAAAUUCAUGCUGCAUCAAAGAUAUCAUCUUCCAGGAAGAACAGAAAUAUUAACAUAGAUUUUAUGUAUUUCAGGCUAUUAAGAAUAUAUUCCCUAGCCUUCUUCAAGUAAAGUCUUAUUGCUCUCAUUAAGAUAAUUGUUUUUCUGACUUUUGUCUUCUAUAUUCUUUACUACUUGCCCAUAGUCCUUGAUAUAGGAAGUGUGUAUCUAAAGGGUGGGAAUUAGGGGUGUCUGUGGGUUGUGGGGUAGGCAGCAGUCCAGGGCAGUCUGGAGAAAUGGUAAGAAAGAGUUUGCUUGUGGCCAACUGGCCAUGAUAGCCAGCACUAAUUUAAAGUAGUAGUAUAUCUACAUUUGUUGGGUGUUAAGAAAAGAGUGGCUAACUGUAUUUCUAUUCUUAUUCAUAUAGUUACUUUAAUAUUAGGAAUUCAAAGCAAAUGCUCUUUAAUUCUCAUAACAUUUUUUCUGUUUUAGGAAGCAGAAAAAAAAUGUUAACUUCAUUUCACAGGGAAAAGUCCUAAAAGCUGGGUUCCAGAGAGCAAGAAAAUAGUGGUGUGGGAUUGAUCCCAGCUAUUUUUUUUUUUUUAGUUCAUUCAAUAGCAUUUAAAAAAAAUUACUUUCAUAUGCCUAAUACUGUGCCCUGAGUCUAGUUUUUAGAGAUGUGAUUCCUCACUAAGAUUAUCUGCUUUGUCGAAAAAUUGUUCUUCUAGUUAAACCCUUUGGUCUUGAUUAUAUCAUCUGCAAAAUGGAGCUAUAAUCUUAACCAAUAUCAUAAUAAUAGAGUGUAGUUUGCAUAAUGAUUUCUGAACUCUUAAAACUGGAGAUGUUAUAUGUACUUUCAUCAAUACAUUAAGCGUAUACUAAAAAGACAUUUUCCAUAUGGAUCAGCUUAAAAUUUCCCUUGCUUUCCAUAUCCUACAUAUAGUUGUUUUCUGGAGAAAAACAGACUAUUUGAGUGUUUGUCCUUAUUCACUAAUUGUCAGAACUUGGUGUCUGCUAAGUGCAGUCUGCCUUAUAACGAAACCAAAAAUUCUCUCUUUAUGACUCCUUGUUUUAUUACUCCUUGCUCUGAUUUCCCAUCUGUAAAAGGUAUAUAAGCAAUACCUACCUCACAGGGGUGUUGUGAGGAUUUAUAUUAAAAUUGUGUUAUAUUCUCUCAGUGUUACUGAUAAACCCAGCCAGAUAAAGAAAACUACAUUUAUUCUGUAGCCAAACCUAUUAACUUCAUUAUUCCAGCUUGUAAAUUCUGGAAGUCUUAGAAGUCAUCCACUAUUUAAUAAUCAAUAAUUAAUUGACAGAACUCUUAUUUUUACUUUUUUAUGAAUGCCCUAGAAGCAGCAGUGUUGCUAGAAUUCCUAGUCUGUCAUAAUUAUCGGUAUUUCUCUUUAACCUGCAGGGAGGAGGAUAUCAGUUCUUUAGUAUUAUUGGGAAUAAAACCUUGUCAAUUUCAACUUUAUGGAAAGUUCCCCCAAACAUACUGUUUACUCAUAAGAAAAGGAACAAAAUCAAUGAAGAAAAUAUUUUCAUUUCCUUCACCCAGGAGACAGGAAGUGGAGUGGGGAUAAAAACAGUAAUUUAUCAUAUUCUUUCAAAAUGGUAUUGGAAAAGGCUCCACUAGAAACUGAAGGAAAUAUAUAUUAAUCAUGGUAGCAGAUAACAAUCUGGAAAAUGUGUAAUUCCUUUAAGGUAUAUUUGCACAAAUUCUUGAUGUUAUAACUUGGACAUUUGAUGAUAGGUUAUCAAUUUUUUUGUGGUUAAUUGGUAAAAAUUGGUAUAAUUGGCCAUGUGAAGAAUUUUUAUGUUAUUCAUAUCUUUGUAUGUUUUAAGCUAAAUGUAGCCCUAUGGUUUUCUAUUAUAGUUAGUUUUUAAAUUCUUAAGAGUGAAAUUUGUAAGUGAUUAUAUUCUCUGCUGUAGUUCUGUGUUUGUGUUGUUGGACUUUUUGAAAACUAGUAUGAUUAUAUGAUUUCCAAGCCUGGAUAUCUUAAAUACGAAGAGUCACAAACCAUAAUUUUUGUCUUCAGGAUCUGGAAGAGUCCCUUGUGCUUUAGUAUGUAUCUGUGCCAUAUUUCUUAGUAAAUAUUGUCCCAGAUGCAAAACUCCUCUAGAGAUUUUGUGCCAAAUAAAGUCACUUAGCCAGAUUAGAGCAAAUGUCAACUCAGUAUACCUUAAAAGAAACUUGGAUUACAAAAACUUGUACAAUAAAAAAGGUCCACUGAGGAAAUCUUCAAAGUACAAGUAACACAUAGCAAAUACAGUAAACUGAAAUCAAUAAUACAUUGUAUGGUUAAAUUCUUCCACCUAAUGUACUGUAAAUUUUUCUUCAGACAUUUUUAGAAAGUUUUGUAUCCUCUGGUUGGAAUGGUAACAGUGGAUUUUAUGUAUUUUAUCAUGAAUAAAUUAAUGCGAAUUGAUCAUAAGCAAAACCUUUUAUUAGCUCAUCUUAUAG